AAAUAGCUUUAGAAGGAAAAGUACAGUCACACUGAGCAGUUUGCAGAGGCUGAAAAAGAAGAGCGUAUUUAUCUGAAGAUGUCUGGAUUACAUGAGAAGCUGACGUUGGUGGCAGCAGUGACUCUGGCCGUCUUGACCUCGGCGAAGUCAUCCCCAGUGGUGGGACCGGAGCCCAUCCGCUGUGCCGUCUGUACGCAAGAGAAACUCAACGGCUGUCCCGCCGUCCCGGCGGACUGCAGGCAGGUGCUGAGGGAGCCUGGAUGUGGCUGCUGCAUGGCCUGCGCUCUGGAGAGAGGAGCGUCCUGUGGGGUUCACACGGCACACUGUGAGGAGGGUCUCCGCUGCACUCCCAGGCCCGGCGAGGCCAGGCCACUCCAUGCUCUGACCAGAGGACAGGGGGUCUGCACUGAGGAACUGGGCCAAGAGGAAACAAUCCCUGACCACGGCUCCCUGCACUACCUGUUGGGCCUCAACCUUCCCUUGGACCCCGAGGACACUACUGAGGGCCAAGAGAGCAUCAAGGCCAAGUUCAACUCCAUCCGCAACAAACUGGCACAACAGCACACACAGGGUCCCUGUCACAUUGAACUGAAUGCAGCGCUGGACAUGAUAUCCAGCUCUCAGCAGAGCCUUGGAGAGAGGUUCACAACUUUCUACCUCCCCAACUGCGACAAGCACGGCUUCUACCAGGCCAAGCAGUGUGAGUCAUCUCUGGUUGGACCGCCCGCUCGCUGCUGGUGUGUUUCUUCCUGGAACGGGAAGAAGCUCCCGGGAUCUAGCGACCUGUUAGGUGACUCAGAGUGUCAUCAAGAAGUCACUCACUGAAGGAUGGAUGGACUCACUCACAUACACACAUAGACACAAUCAAACAUGACUCAUUAAGUGUAAAUCUACUUGAUGAACUGACUUCCUUUCCUAAAAAACACAACUCAUUCACACAAAAAUGUAUUCCAGAAGGGGGAAAUUUCCUCUCGUUUUAUUUACAUGAUGUAUGUAUCAAGACUUAUUUAUUCUUACUAGCAUUAACCAUUUGUCAUUUUUAGAUUUUUUAUAUGUUUGCCCAUUUUUUUUCCCGAUUGUAAAUAGGGCAACACUGUAUACAUUUGUGUUUCUGACUAAAUAACUCCAUUGCUCACAACCACAGGGUCCACAGCUCUGCCAAGCCCAUUUCAGAGUCUUCAGGAUCAGUUUUUUUUUCUAAUUCAUUCAGAACUGGAGCUGUGCACGGCACGAAACAACACAGCCGCUCAUUCAUCCAACGUGUUGACAUUGUCUGAAUGUAUCUCCAUUGGCGUUUCCUCAAUGGGUAUUGGGGGAAAUACUUAAAGUGCCGCAAGUAUGUGCACGGUGGCCAAAGCACAAACAUAUCAGGGCUCAUCCAAGCCAGCGUGAGGUUUGGGAUGGGUCCUUCUGCAUUUGUCUACCUCUACUGGUCUCUGCAGGUCCACAGGUUUAGCAGAGAAUCUCUGAGGGCUCUUGUCAGCUACACCUUUAGGGACUUUUAUUUGUCUUUUUUUCGACCUAUUCUAUAGCAAGUAUUUAUUAUGAUUCACUCAUGUGUUUCUGCUUUUGUCUGCAUGUGCAGUGGACCAAAAGUGUUUGUAAAUUUGCCAGGGAGGCUGCUAUUUUGUUGAACCAAUGUACAGUAUAUAUUCUUGUAAUUCUGUUGAUGUGCAUCCAAUUAAAAUGGUAUUUCAUCA